UUCGCUUUGGAAUUUCUCGCCGCCGCAGCCGCAAGCCGAAAAUAAAAGCGUCGCCAACUCAACUCCAGUGCAGCAGCAGCAGCAGAGCCAGCCGGUAGCCAGCAGCAGAGAGCGGAGCAAAAUAAGAAAACACCCACACAGUUUCAUUUUCCAGAUCGAACUAUAACUAUACGCGAAUCUCAAAGAUGACCACCUACUUCAACUAUCCCAGCAAGGAGCUGCAGGAGGAGCUCAGAACCAUCGCCCAGGCGAUCGUUGCUCCUGGCAAGGGAAUUCUCGCCGCCGAUGAGUCUGUCUCGACCAUGGGCAAGCGCCUGAAGGAUAUUGGCGUGGAGAACACCGAUGAGAACCGUCGCGCCUACCGCCAGCUCCUGUUCACCUCUGACGAUAAGCUAGCCGAGAACAUUUCCGGCGUCAUCCUGUUCGACGAGACUGUGUACCAGAAGGCCGAUGAUGGCACCACCUUCAUCCAGUGCUUGAGGAAGAAGGGCAUCAUUCCCGGCAUCAAGGUCGACACUGGUGUCGUGCCACUGAUGGGCUCCGAGGAUGAGUCGACCACCCAGGGUCUGGAUGAUCUGGCCAAGCGUUGCGCCAAGUACAAGAAGGAGGGCUGCGAUUUCGCCAAGUGGCGUUGCGUCCUGAAGAUUGGCAAGAACACCCCUUCAUACCAGGCCAUCCUGGAGAAUGCCAAUGUGCUGGCCCGCUAUGCCUCCAUCUGCCAGUCGGAGCGCAUUGUCCCGAUUGUGGAGCCAGAGGUGCUGCCCGAUGGUGAGCACGAUCUGGAUCGCGCUCAGAAGGUCACCGAAACCGUUCUGGCCGCCGUCUACAAGGCACUGAACGAUCAUCACGUCUACCUGGAGGGCACGCUCCUCAAGCCCAACAUGGUCACCGCUGGCCAGGGAGCCAAGAAGAACACACCCCAGGAGAUUGCUCUGGCAACCGUUACGGCCCUGCGCCGCACUGUGCCCUCUGCUGUUCCCGGCGUCACCUUCCUGUCGGGUGGACAGUCCGAGGAGGAGGCCACCGUUAACUUGAGCGCCAUCAACAAUGUUCCACUGACCCGCCCCUGGGCUCUGACCUUCUCGUACGGUCGCGCCCUGCAGGCCUCCGUGCUGCGCGCCUGGGGUGGCAAGAAGGAGAACGUCGCCGCUGGACAGGGUGAGCUCAUCAAACGCGCCAGGGGCAAUGGACUAGCAUCUAAGGGUUGUUAUGAUGCUGGCUCCGUUAAAGGCGCCGCUGGAGAUGCAGGUCUACAUGUCGCGGAUCAUAAAUACUGAAAAUACUCAAGAAAUCACAUUCAACAAAACCCGAGAAACCAUUUUAAGUAGGGAAGCUUAUAUUGGCCCUAUAUCUGGCGAUCUGAACGAUCUUCAAGUUGUUUUGAAAUUUUAGGCGAGCAUUAUGCUGGGUGUAACAUAUUGAGACGUAAUACGUAAUCAAGCCAAUAUAUGGGAAUUUCACAUACGCGUCUUAAAUGAAAUUAUCUACAUAUAUCUAGAUAUCUUUUGGUACACAUCUUAUUUUGUCAACCCUGUAAUACACAUACAUGGAAUUUCAGUGUUGAACACAUUUUAGAGACGCAGGAAAACAUAGAUUGCGAAAUCUUUCCAAAAUUUUCAAUGAAAGCCAUCAUAUAUUUUAUAAAGUGUUUUUAAUUUUUCUAA